AUGUCAAACAUGACAGAUGGAACGAAAGCAGGGAUAGGCGUCGGUGCCGCGGUGGGACUACUGGCACUGGCUGCGAUAGUGGUGUGGGUUCUCAUCUGCACACAAAGCAGGGGCCCGAUCUUCCCAGAGCGGCGCGACAAGCAGCGAGCAAAGGGCACUUAUGAGAUGGAAGUGUGA